ACGCCCACUGCGCAUGCGCAGUAGAUGAUAUCAUUUCUCUUCUCUGCUCUUCCCCCAAGGAGAAAUAGAGAAAGAAAGAAAGCAAACUACAGGGAAAACCUACUAGGUUUUUUUCAGCUCAAAUUUACCCGGCUCCUCUUCUUUUGUGAGCUAUUGUUCCAGGAAUAGCGUAGGGGCCUCCUCACAAACCCGCACACAAUGUCUGCAAUAUCUCUCAAGAUACACAUUGUGAAAAGCAACAAUGUCAAGACAAUGCAAUUUGAGGAGUCGAUGAUCGUCUAUGAUGUUGCCCGACUCAUUAGAGAGAGAGUCCCUGAUGCUGCUCAAGGAGAAGCUAGUGAAUAUGGUCUCUUUAAUCCCGAUGAUGACCCUACCAAGGGAAGGUGGCUUGAACAAGGCAGGACACUGGACUACUAUCACUUGAAAAAUGGAGAUAUAUUGGAAUACAGGAAGAAGACGAGGCCAUUGCGUAUCAAGACACUUGAUGGAAGCAUCAAGACGAUUCUUGUUGAUGACAGCGCUACUGUUGCAGAGAUCACAAAGACAGUCUGUGACAGGAUUGGUAUCACCAACCCGGAGGAGUUCUUCCUCUGCACUGAGAGUGAAACGGCUGAGAUGACACUUAGAAGACAACAACACCAGGCAAGGAAUCAGAAGGAAAUGGACAGAUUGAAGAAGAGACAUCACACUGAUGAUGAAUUGAAUUGGGUCAAUAGGGAUAAAUCCUUACGUGAGCAGGGAAUAGAUGAGACUGAGGUCCUUAUAUUGAGGAAGAGGUUGUUCUUUACUGAUGAUAAUGUUGAUGUCAAUGAUCCUGUACAAGUUAACCUUCUCUUUGUCCAGUCCAGGGACAGUAUUGUCAAUGGGACUCAUCCUUGUACUAAAGAUGAGGCUGUCCUGUUUGCUGCUUAUCAGUGCCAAGUACAGUAUGGCAAUAACAAUGAAGCUAAGCAUAAGACUGGGUUUUUGAAUUUGGGUGAGUUUCUUCCCAAGGAGUAUUUGAGGAUCAAAGGAAUUGAGAAAGACAUUUACAAGGAACACAGAAAGCUCCACAGUAUGACUGAGAUUAAUGCCAAAUACCGAUACAUCACUCUCUGUCGUUCACUGAAAACGUACGGAGUAACAUUCUUCCUUGUUAAGGAGAAAAUGAGAGGUCGUAAUCGUCUUGUGCCACGCCUCCUUGGUAUAACUCGUGAGUCAGUCCUUCGUGUUGAUGAAAACACUAAAGAGGUGUUGAAGGCGUGGCCACUGACCACAGUCCGUAGGUGGGCCGCUUCACCUAACUCCUUCACGCUGGAUUUUGGUGAUUAUUCUGAGUCCUUCUAUUCAGUUCAGACUACAGAGGGUGAAGCCAUAUCCCAGUUGAUAGCCAUGUACAUUGACAUCAUAAUGCAGAAGAAGAAACCCAUCCAUCCUGAUGUGCCUGAUGAAGAGGAUGAGCCUGUCAUUGUUGAAUCUGAGCACGACCCUAAGAAGGCCAGUAUGAUAACAUACCACCCCAGUACAGUGGGUCAUGGAGGAAUACAGUCUCUGGCUCAACCUGGGACCAUUGGAGGUGCUUUUGAGGGAUCCAUGGGUAUGCAGAUGGGAGGCAGUCAUGCACAACACGGAGUGGAGACUGGGUCUUCUGGUAUAUUGCAUAUGCCACCAUCUAUGGCUGAGAACCCCCAGAUGAUGCUUGCUCAGCAGAAUGUUGCUACAGUGUGUGGUAGGAGUCUACAGGAAGUAAUGGCAAUCACAGAACAGCUCCAGACACCACUGGAAGUACCAGUGAUGAAUAAUGACAGUGUUUCAAUGAAGUGGAGACAGAAGACAUUGGAUGUCUCCAGACAGAAUGUCAGUGCAGCCCUUGCUGCCAUGCUGGCAUCAGCUGCUUCAGUGAUCACACAGACCAGUCUGGAGCCAGAGGAGAUCAACUACACUGCAGUGGGAUCAUCAGUUACUACAAUUUCUACUAAUUUAAGUGAAUUAGCUAAAGCUGUUCGUAUGCUAGCUGCCCUCAAUCCAUCGGAAGGAGAAGGUUCCAAUUUGCUUGAUGCUGCCCGAGCACUAGCAGCUGCUACUGCCGACCUCCUCAACUCUGCUCAUCCACAGAACCUUCACAAACGUCAAGAGUUGUUAGCGUCAGCGGGUGAUAUGGGUACUACUGGAGGUCAGCUCCUGUUGGUUGCAGGGGGAGCUGAUGUGGACCUCAAGACGCAGGAGGCACUCGUUGCCAUGGCAAAGGCAGUCGCCUCUGCGACAGCUGCUCUUGUGACAAAUGCACGCAACGUGGCAGCGAAAUGUGAGGACUCGGCACUUCAGAAUCAAGUGAUAAUAGCAGCUAAACAAACUGCUUUAGCCACACAGUCCCUCAUUGCUUGUACUAAGGUACUAGCCCCCACUAUUGAUAGCCACUUGUGUCAGGAGCAACUGAUUGAAGCUUGUAAACUGGUAGCAGCUGCCGUUGAGAAGAUUGUCAUAGCAGCUCAGGCAGCAUGUGGGGAUGAUGAUGCAUUGAGAGACCUUGGAGCAGCUGCCACUGCCGUGACUCAAGCUCUUAAUUCACUCAUAGAACAGAUAAAGCAAGGGGUUCAGAUGGACGCUGAUAAUCAGUAUGAAGAAGCUUGUGCUGCCAUUCUUGCAGCUACUGAUAAACUUUUUAGUGCUAUGGGUGAUCCUCAGGAAAUGGUCCGUCAAGCAAAGAAUCUUGAUGAAAAUGCUGAGAAGAACCUAAGAAUGGCUGCCGAACAUUUACGUGCUGUAACUAAUGCAACUGCAAUGUCAGCCAUGAAGAAGAAGGCAAUCAAGAAGUUGGAAAUGGCGGCUAAACAAGCAAGCGCUGUCUCCACUCAACUCAUUGCAGCUGCCCAGGGAGCAGGAGCCUCUAACAGGAAUGAUGCUAGUCAGAAUCAGCUAAUGAAUCAUUGCAAAGCCGUAGCUGAACAGAUAUCUAAUCUUGUUCAAGCUGUCCGUACCUCAAUGGAGAACCAGGACUCGCCCUCAGCUCAACUGGGACUCAUAAACUCAUCCCAAGCAAUGGUCCCCCCUGCUGUUAAGAUGGUUGCAGCAGCCAAGGCUGCCGUGCCUACAGUUGGUGAUCAGGCGUCAGCUCUUCAGCUGGGUAACUUUGCUAAAGCUACAGCAGCAGCACUGGCCGAAUUGAGAGCUUCGUCAGCUAAAGCUCAAGAAGUGUGUGGUAGUUUGGAACUUGAAAGUGCCAUGGACGUCAUCAAGGGUCUUGCUAAGGAACUAGCUGAGGUCAAACGUGAAGCAGCUCAAGGUCAACUCCUCCCUCUACCAGGACAGACUGUUGAGAGUUGCUCUCUUGAGCUUGGGGCUACCAGUAAAACCGUCGGGUCGUCAAUGGCGCAAUUACUAACAGCUGCUAAUCAGGGAAACGAGAAUUAUACUGGUAUUGCUGCUCGGGACACUGCUAAUGCCCUCCAGGUCCUUACCAGUUCAGUGAGAGGUGUGGCUGCAUUUACUAAAGACCGUCAAACUCAGGACUACAUCAUAAUGACAGCACAGCAGGUUAUGGAUCAAAGCGUUGGUCUUAUAUCGGAGGUGAAGCAGACCCUAGAGAACCCAACGGCCUCCAACAAGCAGCAGAGGCUGGCACAGGCAGCUAAGAAUGUGUCUCAGGCCUUGAAUCACAUGGUGAACUGUCUACCCGGAGUGAUCGAGUAUGAGAAUGCUAUCAAGGCUAUUGCUCAGGCUAGCUUAGCUUUACAGCAGGAUAAAUUUCCAUCAGCAGGUGGUCAAUCUUACCAGACGCUACAAUCAAAUCUCAGUGCAGCAGCAGCUGCUCUUAACGUUGCGAGUGCUGAAGUGGUAAGCUCCGCCCGAGGAACACCAGACCAACAAGCCGUCACAACUGGAAACUUUUCCGAACAAUUCCAAGAGCUCCUCAAAGCCGGUUUGAUGCUAGUCGGCGCCUCAAAGAAGCGAGAAGCCAGAGAAGAAAUGCUUGGAUACUUGCGUACCAACUCCAUAACUUCAUCGAAACUUCUGGUUGCUGCAAAAGCUUUACAUGUUGAUCCUUCUGGCCCUAAUGUCCAGAAUCAGUUAGCUGCUGCUGCUAGGGCAGUCACUGACUCAAUUAAUGCUCUUUUGAACUUGUGCUCAACAUCUGGUCCUGGUCAGAAGGAAUGUGACAAUGCUCUGAGAAGCAUUGAGGCAAUGGCUCCAUUACUUGAUAAUCCUAAUGAGCCACAGAGUGACCUUUCCUACUUUGACUGUCUUGACCUUGUGGCAGAGAAAUCUAAAGCUCUUGGUGAAUCAGGGGUUCAGAUCACUAGCACUGCUAAGAAAGGAGACUUUGAGAACUUUGGUGUUGCUGUUGACUCUUGUGCUCAAGCCGUUUGUCAACUCACAGAAGCUGCAGCUCAGGCUGCUUAUUUGGUUGGUGUUGCUGAUCCCUCAAGUGUUGCUGCUGUCCCCGGUCUUGUUGACGAAGCCAAGUUUGCUAGAGCCAGACAAGCCAUUGUUCAAGCUUGUGAGAGUUUAUUGAGCGCCUCUUCUACUCAAGAACAAGUACUAUCAGCAGCUACAGUAAUAGCUAAACACACUGGUACACUCUGCAAUGCUUGUAAACUAGCGUCCAGUCGCACAGCUAAUCCUGUGGCCAAGAAACAAUUUGUACAAGCAGCCAAAGAUGUUGCUAGCGCCACUGCUAACCUUGUUAAGAAUAUUAAGUUACUUGCAGCUGAUAUUUCUGAUGAAAACCGUGAGGCCUGUGCCCAUACCACUAAACCUCUCAUUGAUGCAGUGGAGGCUCUCACUACAUUUGCCUCCUCCCCUCAGUUUGCCAGUACUCCGGCUAAAAUCAGCGCCCAAGCUCGUGUUGCUCAAGAGCCCAUUGUCAUGGCCGGAAAGAACGUGAUAAAGAGCUCCAAUGGAUUGCUGACGUCUGCUAAGAACCUUGCCAUAGAUCCUAAUGAUUCAAGCAUGUGGCAGCUACUGGCCCAGCAUACUAAAGCUGUUACUGAUUCCAUGAAGGCUUUACUCCAUUCAAUACGAACCAAGUGUCCAGGACAGAAUGAGUGUGACGAUGCUAUUGAUAUACUCAAUGACUCCAUCAACCAACUGGACCAGGCAAUGCUUGCCACACUCACUGGGGGACUACAGCCUAAUGCUUCCAGUUCACUACAAGGCUUCCAAGAGCAGAUGCUACAAAGCGUCGGUGACAUCAAAGACAACAUAACCCCACUAUCUCUCGCUGCCAAAGGCGAAGCCGAGAAACUCGGUCAUCAAGUAACAGCUGUCGCCAACUUCUUCCCAUCUCUUGCCGGAGCAGCCAUAGGUGCAGCAUCUCGUACCACCGGACAACAAAUGCAGAGCAACCUACUUGAGAAGACAAAGACGAUGGCUGAAGCUGGUCUACAGAUGGUGUAUGCUUCAAAGGAGAGCGGAGGCAAUCCUAAGAGUGAGGAAGCUCAUGGGAGAGUUGAUGAGGCGGCUAAACUCUUUACUGAUGCAGCUGUGGAGCUGACUGAACUGUUGGAGAAAGCUGGAGCCGAGAGUGGACUUAUUACUGGUAUGGUUGAGGAUAUUAGCAAAGCUCAGGCCCGUAUUGCCGACAUGCCCAGCGGUGACGUUAAGACCUUCACUGAAUACCAGACCCAGGCCUUGGAGGCUUGUCGCUCCAUCGUUACCACAACAAGGGACAUCACUAUGAAGGCGUCAAGCAAGCCAUCAGAGAUCAACACCUGCAGUAGAGAGAUUACUAUUAAUUAUGCUAAACUUGCUGACGCUACUCAGGGAGCACUCGCCACUAUUGAGUCUGAUGAGCUGCUAGCUAAACUUCAAGAGGCAGUUCAUGAAUUAGGUGAUACUUGUAUGCAGCUGGUUAAAGACGGCUCCAGCGUUCAAGCAGCUCCUGAAGAUAAAUCUCUGAGACGAGAUCUUAACACUCAAGCCAAAUUUGUCAAUGAAAACGUGGGUGUGGUCAUUGCCACCAUUCAGAAAGGUGCCGUUGGUACCCAGGCCUGUACUGAGGCCAUUAACAAGAUUCAGGGAAUUGUUGGGGAUCUUGAGACGUCGGCCAUGUUUGCUACUGCCGGAGCUCUUACUACUGAAGGAGAAGCUGAGAGUCUUUCUGAAGCAUGUCACCAAAUCGUGGAGACUGCAAAAACUCUUGUUGAUGAUACUAAGCGUCUGGUGAGCAGUGCUGGUGGUACCCAGGAGCAGUUAGCUGAGGCAGCCACUAAAGCUGUCAAUACAAUCCAAACUGGAGCAGACCAAGUCAAGAAAGGAGCUUCAUCACUUACCUCUGAUGAUGUUGAGGCUCAGUUGCUGUUGCUCAAUGCUGUAAGAGAUGUUGCCAAUGCAAUGGGUAAUCUCAUUGAUGCUACUAAAGUUGCUUCAGGAAAGAGCGUCAGCGACCCAGCCAUGGAGAAUCUUAAGGAAGUCGCUAAAAAAAUGGUUGGUGAAGUUAGUCGUUUGUUGAAGACUGUUAAGAAUGUUGAAAGUGAAGCUGCUCGUGGCGUCCAGUCGCUUGAAAAGACCAUCGACUCCAUCGAAAGCGAUCUUGUGGAAUUCCAAUCCUCUAAGCCUCCUCAGUUAGAUAAAGCUAAAGCUACUCCAGAGAAACUCGUUAACGCCACAAAAGCGAUCACCCUCGCCUCCUCAAAGACGGUCACAGCUGGUAACAGCUGCAAGCAGAUUGAUAUAUCGGCAGCUGCUAAUCUCAGCUUCCAGGCUGUUCAUGAUCUCCUCUUGAUCAGCAAAGGAGCUGCACAGAACUUUGCACAGACCAAGGAACAGACUGAAAAGGUCAUGGCUUGUGGUAGAGAAUGUGCCGUUGCCUACAAAGCUCUGCUCCAGCUGGUACAUCAAAUUGUCCUUAAACCUAGUGACUCCUCCCUUCGUGAGAAGCUCCUCCCAUUCUCUAAAGAGGUUGCUAGUGCCGUCAGUGACAUUGUGAGGGUUGCCGGUGAGCUUAAAGAAGGAGCUGGUUUCAUUGAUAUGAGUAAUCCCGAGGUCAGGGCUGAGCAAGAACUCCUUGCAGCUGCUGCCUCCAUUGAAGCCGCCGCUAAGAAACUUGGAGAACUGACACUGAGGGUUGCACCAACUGCUGAUGCUAAUCUCAGUUUUGAUGCUCAGAUUCUUGAGGCUGCCAAGAGUAUUGCAGCUGCCACUAAGAGUCUGGUACAGUCGGCUAGAGCCACACAACGUGAACUGACAGAGCAAGGGAAGGUCUCCCUUGGAACUGUCCCUGCUGAUAGUCAGUGGUCUGAUGGACUCGUGUCUGCUGCCAAGUUGGUAGCUGAGUCCACUAGUCAGCUAUGUGAAGCAGCUAAUGAUGUUGUUCAAGGUGAAGGAGAUGCCCAGGAAGGAAGGCUCAUUGGAGCUGCUAAAGCAGUUGCUGCUACUACCGUACAGCUCCUUCAUGCUGCUCAAGUUAAGGCUGAUGCCCACUCUGAGAAUAACAAGAGACUACAAAGAGCCGGUCAACAAGUUAAGAAAGCUACAGAAGCACUUGUCAAGGCAGCUCAAGACUCAGUUGAUAGUGCAAAGGAAAGAUCAGUUGAUGCCUUUGGAAGAUCAAUUGGACCCAAUGAGAAAGGUCCAACUAGCGAGGUUGUUAAGAUGAAGCGUGAGAUAGAAGCACAGGCAAGGAUUGUUGCAAAACAAAAGGAAUUAGAGCAACUUCAUGAAGAACUAGUCAGGAUCCGUCGUAAGAAAUGAGCAA